CCCGGGACCUGCCCCUCUGGUGCGCCCGAGCCUUGAGGCGCGCGCGACGUCAGGGUGGUUGAGUUCUCGGACGCAGACAAUGGAGAACAUGCUGGCGGUGCCCCGACUGCCUCCGCACGACCCGGGGACGCCGGCACUGUUGGUGGUGGACAUGCACACGGGCGGCGAGCCCCUGCGCAUCGUGGUGGCGGGGUGUCCGGAGGUGGCCGGCCCCACGCUGCUGGCCAAGCGGCGCUACAUGCGCCAGCACCUUGACCACGUGCGGCAACGACUCAUGUUUGAGCCUCGAGGGCACCGGGACAUGUACGGGGCCGUGCUGGUCCCCAGCGAGCUGCCGGACGCGCACCUGGGCGUCCUGUUCCUGCACAACGAGGGCUACAGCUCCAUGUGUGGCCACGCGGUGCUGGCGCUGGGCCGCUUCGCGCUCGACUUCGGGCUGGUGCCGGCGCCUCUGCCCGACGCCCACGAAGCCCUCGUCAACAUCCACUGCCCGUGCGGGCUGGUGGCCGCCUUCGUGGAGUGCGAGGGAGGCCGCAGCCGCGGCCCAGUACGCUUCCACAGCGUCCCGGCCUUUGCGCUGGCCACAGAUCUCCUGGUGGAUGUUCCUGGUCAUGGAAAGGUGAUGGUGGAUGUUGCAUACGGUGGCACAUUUUAUGCAUUUGUUAGUGCUGAAAAGUUAGGGCUUGAUAUUGGUUCUGCAAAGACAAGAGACCUUGUGGAUGCAGCAAGUGCAGUGACAGAGGCAGUGAAAGCCCAGUUUAAAAUUAAUCAUCCUGACAGUGAAGACCUUGCCUUUCUAUACGGAACUAUAUUAACAGAUGGAAAAGAUGCUUAUAGUGAGGAACCAACCACCAACAUCUGUGUGUUUGCAGAUGAGCAGGUUGACAGAAGUCCUACCGGCUCGGGAGUGACGGCCCGAGUUGCCUUACAGUAUCACAAAGGGCUUCUAGAACUGACCCAGACCAGAGCCUUCAGAAGCAGUGCAACCGGCUCAGUAUUCACGGGAAAGGCUGUGAGGGAAGCAAAAUGUGGCGAAUUUAAAGCUGUUAUAGUGGAAGUAUCUGGAGAAGCCCAUUACACGGGGACAGCGAGUUUCACAGUAGAAGAUGAUGACCCAUUGAAGGAUGGGUUUCUUCUUAAGUGACUUCUAGGCCUUUCAUGUUAAAGAAAUUAUCAUAAGUAAUUUUUCUCUGAUUUAUGUGGAAAACUAUAUCCAAACUGUACAUGUAAGUCAACUUCCUUUCUUUCUAAAAUAGUACAACAUGGCUAGGUAGAAAGUUGUUAUUCCUCAUAUCUGCACAUGUAUCUUGGGAUAAAUAUCACUUAUAGAAUACAAAAAUCCCCAAAGUGCAGAAUACUUUUCUAAUUAUGAACACAUCAGGUAAAAUUAAAAUCUUAGUUCUUGUUACUUUAAAAAUAUUACUCCAUGGUAAUUACUGUAGUAUUUUGUUUUAAAUGCUCUUUGAAUAACAGUUUGAAUUACAGCCCUCACAACCAUGGGUCUUACAGGCGUAUUGUUUUAGUCUUCUGUUUUUUUGACUAAAAUAAUGCCCUCUCUCUAAGCAGGAUGCAAGGGACAUGGAUUAUUAUUAAGUCCUCAGCACUUAGCAUCCAUCACCUGGGAAGGCCUGGGGUGGGCAGCUGCUUUGGGUAGAAGUUGUUACAGCUGCUGCCUGGAUGCCCUCAGCACUGCCAAGCCCUGCUCCUGCAGCCAGGUAACUGAAGUCUUAUCAGCUCAUGAGAGAUGACCAAGGAUCUGGCUUUUAAUAUAUCUCAGGGCUCUUUAUAAGAGGGGUUGUUUGUUGCAUUACUGAAAUACAGCUACACACUAGGAGUCAAUCAGUGAAUCACUACAGCAAGGCGAGUCUCAUCUGUACCAACUGCAUCUCUACCAGGUAGAUUUAAAACAUGAGAGAGGUGUUAACUAUUGGCAUUCUUGCUAGUUAAUUGUCUGUGAGCCUGUUAAAAUUUGAGCAUUAUCAGUCAUUAUAAAAUGAAGUAUUAAAAAUUAGUCAAUAUGUGAUUCAAUAAUUAGGAGACUCUUUUUUUGAGGGAAGUAAUAGUAUCUCUUUUCCUGAGCCUACAGACACUGAAUUAAUUAAUGUCAACUGGCUGUGUCAUCCAGCAAGUCCCUAUAGACCCAGUUAUUAGGUCUCUGAUUGAACUUCCUGACCAAAUUGAAGCCUAUAAAGGUAAUGUUCUUGAUUUCUCUAUUAAUUGCACAAAAGCUAAUGUUUUCCACUAUCUAUUAAAUUCUGUGGUAAAGAAAUCACUUACCUCCAAAAAAGUAACGCUAUCCUUACAGUGACCAAGAAAUUUUCUACAGAAUAGGGAGAUUUGCUGUACUUUUUUAUUUUUAAUAGAAACAGAGUGACUGUUUUCUCUCCAAAUUUCACAAGUCACAUCAAGUGAAAAAAAAAAAGACACAUGCAUUGUUUAAAAGUCACAUUUUAUAGCGUUUUGUCGUGCGCAGGCACACAUCCCCUGCUCUAACGAAGCACACUAUGAAGUUUGUACUGUUAUCCCGUGGCUGCCAAGGGUGGGGACUGUUGUGUCACUGACCUUCUUUAGAAUUGUCAGCACAUGGCAGUAAUAAAAAUAUAGACUGACA